AUGUCGCUGCCUCGAGCUACCACAUCUGCGUUGAGAAGAAACGGUGCUCUUCCUUCUCAUCACCGUAAUGGAUUAUCCAGGUUACUGUCGACUCCAGCCGCAACAAGUGGCGAAGAAGGCGGCAAGAUUUACAAACAAGUAGUGGCAGCACUCGAUGCCCCCAUGACCAAGCCACCGCCGGCGUCCGAGGAGGAAAUGCAAAGACGAUACAACGUGGGACGAAGCUAUGUCAUUGGAAUGUUUGAACGGCACAAUGAAGAGCAGCACAUGAUGGCCUGCAGGAUCAAAUUGAAAAAUCAUGCUGUCGACAUGCUACCCAAACACCUGCGAGCGUCCGCCUUGGAGGAAGAUGACGAAGGACCUCCAUUAUGGCGACACAUUCCCAUGUGGACUCCGCCCAUACCGGGAUUUGAUCCAGAUGAAUUUAUGGACCAUGGCGAGAAAUGA